AUGGUUCAAAUAAAUGAUAGAUCACUUGAUACAUCUACUGCUCUAAAACAAGCAGCAAACAUAUUAAAUGUAGUAGAACCUGCAAAUUGGGCUAAUUAUAUGAAUCCAACAUCAACAACUGGAUCAAUUGGUCAAGCUAAUGUUGGAAGUGGAACACUUGCUACUGUUAUGGCUAGUUGGUCAAUUCCAGAUCAAUUUCGUGCUAAAGCUGUUCGAAAAGUCAAUUUAUUAGUGAUUGCUGCAACAGAAGGAUCUUAUACAGCUCAAGCAUUUCUAUUUGAUACUAAAACUAGUGUUGCAUUAUCAACAUUAAUAGUUGCUACACAGAAACUUGAUUCUCCAAGUGAUCCAAAUUCACCAAUUUCAGUUUCUUAUGUAAUAAUUAAUUCAAAUGCAGCUAUCAAACAACAAUACACAUAUUACACUGUACGAGAUUGUCAUAGGUGUCCAAAAUGUCUAUGGUUCAGCAAGUGUUGUUGUCAUGAUGAAACGAAGUCUUCACCACGUGAUAAUACAUUAGACGAAUUGAAUAUUAUAAACCAAAAACUGAAAGUUGAUCAAUUUGCUUGGUUCAAUCAACAAACAUUGAAUAGAGCAAUUAAAAAACGUGAUUUAUUUAAAUAUAAUUCUAAUAAACAGAUAAUAUCUUUGACUGAAGCAAUUGAAAAUUAUCUCUCAAAUAAAAUUGUCAAAGGUGAAAUAUUAGCAUCGUACAAUGAUUCAAUCUUAUCAACAUUACAAACUCAUAUUACAUCAUUAAAAUUAUCAACUGAAUCAUUGAAAAUGACAAAAUUAAAAAGUCAAAAUCUUCGUUUAGUUCUAUCAACAUUAACAAAAGAUUAUGGAUUUGAAGAUAUUUAUAAUAAUACAUUAUUUAUCGAACAAUUAAAAACAGGAAGAUUUUCAUAUGAAAAUUUAUUUACUAGUUCAAUUAGUGUUGAUAAUAAAAGUCGAGCUAUUAAAUAUAUUUGGUUAAUUGGUCAAACUGUUGAUAAUUUAACAUAUUCAAUUAAUUUCUUUUUUGUAAAUAUUACUUCUCAACAAUUAAUUAAUAGAUUAUUAUCAAAUAAUACAAAUACUAAUAAAUCUAAUUAUACGAUCGAUUAUAAUAAAAAGUUAAAAAUUAUACGUACUUCAAUAUUAAAUGAUCGUGGUAAAUUUUUAAAUGAAGAUCUUUUAACAUUGAUAACACCAUGGCAAUUAAAAACAACAAAAAUUACAUUAAAUAUUUUACGUUUUAUUGCUGCUAGUACAAUUAUUCCACAAAAAUAUCGAAUGUUAUCAUAUUUUAAUCCUGAAAUAAUCUCACCCACAGUGAAUCAUAAUAAAACUUAUGCUCCUCAGCCACGAGCUAUUUCAGCUAAAAUCUUAGCUUUAUCUAAGGCCAUUUCAGCUGCUGCCAAUGCUUGGAAAGAUUUUGUAACUGCAUUCAAAUCAAGUCGUUCUACUACAAUUACACGUAUUGUACAAUUUGGUUUUAAAUAUUUUUCUCAGAAAUCAACAAUUUUAAAAGCAAUUAAUAUACCAACUGAUAGAGCAACGGAAUUUAUUAAUGCAGUUAUUGUUGAUUAUAAUUUACCAUCAAAAGGUAGUUUUAUGCUUGGUUUAACAUAUUCAGAUGAUUUUGCUUGGGAUCGUAUUGAUUAUCUUUAUUCGCCAUCAAACAAUGGAAAUUAUCGUUCUUUAACAUUAUUCAAAAAUGGUGAUAGUUUAACCAAUACUGCUUCAUUUUUCAUUGUUGAUAUCAAUGCUGAUUGGCAAUUAGCACAUGAUUUAUUAUUAAUACAAAAAUCAAAAAGUUAUCUAGGUGGUCUUUUCGAAAAUGAAGCUGUUAAAUUACAACAAUUCUUUACGCUUGUAGCUAUGGGCAAUUUAGGUUCAAAAGUAGGUGCUAAUGUUGCUCUACCACAAUUGAAUUAA